CUAUGUAUUUAUGUCUCCAAUGGUCACAUGAAAUCGACAUCGUCCACGAGUGACACGUCAGGUCGGAUGACACCAUCUUUUAAUCAAUUCACGUGAUUUCAAUUUGAAGUAACAAUAACAAACUGCCGGUUUUUUUUCUUUGUUAUUGUUGAUCCGUAGCCAAGGGAACCGUGCUGGCACACACUUGCUACCUACUGCUACUAAUAACACGAGUGAGCACGUGUGGGCACGUGUGUGGAGGUAUAUAUGCAGCAUAACGUUUCGCCAUGAGCAGGGGUGAUGGAGAACGCUUCGCUUUACGCCUGUGGGUUAUUGAAAUUUUUGUGUAUAUGCUUACAGCUAACUCCGUGGACAUGGAAAAGUGAUUAUCUACGGUAAAUUAAGUUUCUGUUGUGUGGAUAAUUGCUGAGUAUCGUGAUAGCGAUCCAUGUUCAGUUCUAAAUUGCUCUGUUUAACACGGGUUUGAUAUGCACUACAGUUUCAAAAGGAUCAUUGUAUAUUUCUCUCUGAAUGAAAAAAAAAAAAUUAUCCCCGGACACAAUUCUGGGAGUACCUAGUCGAGAUCAGGAGACAUUCAGAGGUGUGUAUACAUUUCAUAAUACGGUUUAAUGAUAAUUAAAAUUUCAUAUGCGAACUGUUUAGAAGAAAGGCAUACACGUGGGAAGUUAUUGUUUACAGACAAAGAUGUACUCGGAAGGAUAAACUUCACCCCAAAAACCACACACAUGCAGCCUGCGGUUUCCAAACUCUGACCUGUAAUCAUGGAAUAAAUAAUUUAGCCUCGAACGUACUACAAACACAACGAACUAUUUUAGGAAAUCACUCGGAAGAAAACGUGCCAUAAGUUCUGAAAUACAAAUCAUCUGAUUUUAUUUACCACUGUAUAGUUAAUAUACAGACCAAGGAAUACCUACAACUUGAGGAUAAAUUAAUGGGUUUCUGCGUCGGUUAAUAGUUUUGCCACGGCGUUUCAACAAAACAUCUGUUGACCUCUACAUCAGUCAACAACUGUACAUGAGUUGAAGGAUCGUUGUGAAUGUUUUCUGUUUAAAAUUCACAUGAAUUCCUGUUUGAAGGGAUGACUUUAUAAAUUUGUAGUUCACUGUUCGGGCGUGUUAUUUUUAACCGGAAGUAGUGUAUGUUGCGUGUGUCUUGGCAUUAGAUGUUGAACAGGAAAUGCUUAUUGCGUGUCUUAGAUCACAAAGAGAAGUAGAAAAUAAGACAAUGAUUGAUAUAUACUGCCCUGAAGUAAAACUAUUUCGCACACAGUAUAUACACGUGCUUUUCGUGCGUUGUGCGUGACAGAACCAUCAAAGGACGGGACAGAGGUAUAUUUACUGAUCACAGUAUUCGGAUAUAACUAUAUCAUUAUUACGAUGACUGUUUUGUGAGAGCUCCAUGACUCAAAAGUUUUAGUUCAUUUGGACAGAAGUUUGUGGAUGAGAUAGUCAUAUUAUCAAAAAAAUUGACGUUACACUCUUCACGAUCAACCUGCGGUACGUGAUUCAUAAAUCUAAGAAUGUAUAACUCGUGGAAGAGGGAUCUAUCUGACAAAGGGAUCGAACUCAUGUCCAGAGUUCGUGACGCGGUUCUGUCGAGGGGAUGCGGAGGUAUAAAACACCUGUCCGUUAUCUUUAGACAUAUGGAUAUCGACUUUUCUCAAAAACUGUCAAUGGAUGAGUUCAAGAUCGGGAUACAGAAAUUUGGACUCGACGAUCCACUGACCGAUGAAGAAAUGCAAAUAUUGUUUUGUUCGUUUGAUACGGACGACAAUCUUAUGGUUGAUUUUAAGGAAUUUCACGACAGACUGAGGCCUGCUCUGUCGCAAGGUAGAUAUGACGUCAUCAUGGAGACAUUUCAAAGUCUCGACAUCAACAACGAUGAUAAGUUGAAAUGUGAGGAUCUGAAAGUAAGAUUUUCCGAUAACGUCAAAUGUCAUCCCAAGUACCUAUCCGGUGAGUGGACAGAGGAGGAAACUCUGCGCAGCUUCCUGGAUACCAUUGACGACCAAAAUAACCCGGAUGGAGUGGUGACACGAGAAGAGUUCCUCGAUUACUACGCAGGCGUCAGUGCUCUGUACGAUGAUGAUGCGUACUUUGACCUCACAAUGAGGGCUUCGUAUGGUCUUCCGAAAAAAGGAUCAAACAACAAUAGAAAAUAGACAUCCAUUGUUUAUUUUAAUAUUGUUACCAUGACAAUUUCCAUUUGUGUACAAACAAUUUCAUUGAACAUGAAUUAUGAAUUAAGGUGUUAUGUCACACCUCUAUGCAUAUAUAUAUGGGAUGCUCGACAUAGAAGUGUGCAUAUAUCAUGACGAAAACAAAAAUAUACCCCGAUGUGUAUGAGAUGUAUAGUUUUAACGAAAAAUCAAGAGGAGUUCCGAAAAAUUCGGGUUAUUUGACCCCUGAUAUUUGGACGUAAUUCGCUUAAAACGUCUCGAACAAAUCACAUGUUUGGUUUAAGGAUACUUAAAUAGGACUUUAGAUAUACUAUUUAAUACGUGUUACCUACAAAGAAUGUAUAUUUAAAAGCUUGUUUAUCCGCCUAAAACAGCUGUUAGAACUGUGCACAUGUAAAAAUUUGAAAAGCUAACGAUGGAAGGACUGAAAAAUACCAGCCGUGUCAAAAAGUAUUUUGAUGAACUUUAUCACGUAAGAGGUUAUUAAAAUAUCAACGCAAAUAUAUUCCAUUAAAACGAGAGCAUGGCCAUAGCGAAGUUUAAAGACGCCAAAGAAAACUACACUAUUAUCGGAGUUACCAAUAUGGAUGCCAUAUGAGGAACAGAAGAUGCCGAAAAAUGAUUUGUAAAUAAAUAUUUCAUAAAAAAGUUAGGCCACCGCUUAAAGAUACUAUUGUGCCAUUGUAUAUUGCAAAAUAUAUGUGUAGUAGGUAAUUCUGAUCCGAAUAAUUUGUGAAACUUUUUUUUACUGAAGUUAGAAUUGAUGAACAUUAGUCUUUAAUUUUUAUAUUUAUUCCCUUGCAAUUUCUCCCAAAUGACGUUCUUCAACGAUAAUAUACAGUGCCACUUUUUGCAACGGAAUCAUUUUCAUGCAUUUUACAGGUUUAUGAAUCUAACCCGAAAAUCCGGAUUUACGAGAAUUUAAAGUUAUCUAUAUAUUGGCCAACAAUUGCAUUUUAAAUAUAUUAAUAUGAAUUUUAAGAAAAAAAUUCAUAUAAUACAAUUUUAUGAAAUCGAAUGAUAUGACCAUUUUUAUGUUGUUUUUUUUUUUUGUAUAAUAUGUCAUUUUUCAGAAGAAUGUGUAAAUCAUUUGUGGACUUGUGUGUUUGUAAAUUGUAGCUUUGAGUAAUAAGUGUAUGUGGAUGUUUUAAUUCAUAAUACACGAAACAGAUAAUUGUCAUAUUUUUCAUCUUUAAAUAAAGACUUAUUUCAAACGGCAA